UGAAAGUGACAGCAGCUGUCAUCAAGCGGCUCGACAGCUCGAGUACUUGAAAAAAUCAUUCAUGAUUUCAAAUAUCAUUCAAGUUUAGGUCGAUUUAACUCUAGGCAGCUUAAUGUAAUUUACCGUCCUCCUUUCAAAAUCUAGUGAUAACCAACUUGUUCAUUUCCAAAUCCACUAUCUAUAAACUAUCAGAAGAAGCUUUUCCAGAAAAAUAACCACCAUGGACAAAAAAUUACAUUCUGGAAUGUUUCAUCCAACAUUGAGACUUUUACAGGAACCAAAUUGCCAAAUUGAUGCACACAAUUUAAUGUAUCCUGUAUUUGUUAUACCUCAGGAUGAUGCAGUCGAAGAAAUAUCAAGCAUGCCGGGUGUUGCUCGAAUGGGCAUCAACAAAUUAAAAGAACAUCUUGCUCCACUAGUCCAGAAGGGAUUAAAAUCAAUUCUAAUAUUUGGCGUUGUUAAUUGUGAAUUAAAGGAUAGCUUAGGUUCUUAUGCAGAUCAUGAUGAAAAUCCUGUUGUACUUGCAGUUCCUAAAUUACGCAAAUGGUUUCCAGAAUUACUUAUCGCUUGUGAUGUCUGCUUGUGUCCAUAUACAAAUCAUGGUCAUUGCGGAAUUUUAAAUGAAAAUUCACUAAACAAUCCAGAGAGCACCCAGAGAAUGGCUAAUAUAUCGUUGGCUUAUGCUCGAGCAGGUGCUCAUAUUGUAGCACCUUCCGAUAUGAUGGAUAAUAGAAUAAAAGCUAUUAAAAAUGCUUUGAUAUUGAAUGGAUUUGAAAAUUCAGUUUCAUUGCUGUCCUAUUCGGCAAAGUUCUCGUCGAAUUUCUAUGGUCCAUUUAGAGAUGCAGCUAAAAGUGCCCCUGCCUUUGGUGAUAGACGUUGUUAUCAAUUGCCAUCUGGAUCUAAAGGAUUGGCUAUGAGAGCAAUUGAACGAGAUGUUGAAGAAGGUGCGGAUAUGCUUAUGGUUAAACCGGGAAUGCCUUAUCUAGAUAUACUUAGAGCAACUAAAGAUGCAUUUCCACACAUGCCGCUAUAUGUUUAUCAAGUUUCUGGUGAGUUCGCAAUGCUUUACCAUGCUGCCAAAAGUGGUGCUUUUGAUCUAGAAACUGUCCUCAUGGAAACAAUGAAAUGCUUUAGACGAGCUGGUGCUGAUUGUAUCAUAACUUAUUUCACACCACUUUUACUAGAUCUGAUAAAAUCCUAGUAUGCUGUUGGUUUCGGAUUUUUUUUUUUUUUAAUUUUAAUGCUAUAUUCACAAUUUAAUUGUGAAAUGGUUUAGCCAAAAUUUUUGGUCUGAGCUAUAACGAGUAGUUUUAAGUAAGAUUUUUUUAAUAAAAGUAGGUACAUCACAAAAAACAAAAAUUUAGGUAAAAGCAAUAAAAACAAUAAAAUGUAUAUUUGAAAAAUGAG